CGGUGACCGCCGCGGUGAGCGGGGCCAAGCCGGGUAAGAAGACUCGGGGCCGCGUGAAGAUCAAGAUGGAGUUCAUCGACAACAAGCUGCGGCGCUACACGACCUUCAGCAAGAGGAAGACGGGCAUCAUGAAGAAGGCAUAUGAGCUGUCCACGCUGACAGGGACACAGGUGCUGUUGCUGGUGGCCAGUGAGACAGGCCAUGUGUAUACUUUUGCUACGCGCAAACUGCAGCCCAUGAUCACCAGUGAGACCGGCAAGGCACUGAUUCAGACCUGCCUCAACUCGCCAGAUUCUCCACCCCGCUCAGACCCCACAACAGACCAGAGAAUGAGUGCCACUGGCUUUGAAGAGACAGAUCUCACCUACCAGGUGUCCGAGUCUGACAGCAGUGGGGAGACCAAGGACACAUUGAAGCCGGCGUUCACGGUCACCAACCUGCCAGGUACCACAUCUACCAUCCAAACAGCACCCAGCACCUCUACCACCAUGCAAGUCAGCAGCGGCCCCUCCUUUCCCAUCACCAACUACCUGGCACCAGUGUCUGCUAGCGUCAGCCCCAGCGCUGUCAGCAGUGCCAACGGGACUGUGCUGAAGAGUACAGGCAGCGGCCCUGUUUCCUCUGGGGGCCUUAUGCAGCUGCCUACCAGCUUCACCCUCAUGCCUGGUGGGGCAGUGGCCCAGCAGGUCCCAGUGCAGGCCAUUCAGGUGCACCAGGCCCCACAGCAAGCGUCUCCCUCUCGUGACAGCAGCACAGACCUCACGCAGACCUCCUCCAGCGGGACAGUGACGCUGCCCGCCACUAUCAUGACGUCAUCCGUGCCCACAACUGUGGGUGGCCACAUGAUGUACCCUAGUCCCCAUGCGGUGAUGUAUGCCCCCACCUCGGGCUUGGCUGAUGGCAGCCUCACCGUGCUGAAUGCCUUCUCCCAGGCACCAUCCACCAUGCAGGUGUCCCACAGCCAGGUCCAGGAGCAAGGUGGCGUCCCCCAGGUCUUCCUGACAGCACCAUCAGGGACAGUGCAGAUCCCUGUUUCUGCAGUUCAGCUUCACCAGAUGGCUGUGAUAGGGCAGCAGGCCGGGAGCAGCAGCAACCUCACCGAGCUACAGGUAGUGAACCUGGACGCCGCCCACAGCACCAAGAGUGAAUGAUCCGCCCGCCGCCCUGGACAGAUGGCCCAAGGGACGGCACCACUUAUUUAUUGUUGCCUUUUCACAUUUUCUUUACACACAUGUUGACGGGCCGCAGGAUGGAGGCGGGGAGGAGAAGCGGGCAGCCACCGGACUGAGCCCUCUCACUCCAGCCAAAGAAAUGGGCCUGCCUGCCUCCACCCGUCCUCCCUCACCCUCCCCUCCUUCCGCCUCCACCUCCCAUUUCUGUUGAUGGUGGGGCUGUCCGCCCUCAUCAAACUCCCCUCACCAGCUUGGCUCGAUGUUUGCCAUGAGUAUUAGCUUACCCAAUGGGACCGUGCCCCACCUUCCCACACACAGGCCUUCUGUGGGACUGGGCACCAUGUCCUCCCCUGAGGAGGCAGCGAGGGUCCUUUCUCCAGCCUCCUUGCUGACCUCAGGUCAGCCCUGUGUCUGCCACAGGCUGGGUCAAAAGAGCCCUGUCCCUGCCCCUCAGGGAGCCAGCUAGGGAGAUGAGGGCUUCUUCCCUCAUGCUGCCGCCCUCUGCCCCUUCAGCUCCUGAGUAGCUGGGCCUGUGCACUGGGCAGGUUCCUGGGGCCGCCUGUCCUGUCUUGCCGCUCCCCUUGGACCUCCUGGUUGCAGGGAACCACCAGCGUUCUCUUCUUCCCUUUGUCUUCCCCCCCCCAGCUGCUUUACUUAAAGUUGAUUUUGAACUUUUUAUUUGAGGAGACGAAGUGAAAACAAAUCUAUAAAUAUAUAUUUUUAAAAUAUUUAACUUUUUUUUAUGGCGUUUUUCUCAUCCCCCUCCCUGCCCAAAUCCCCUUCCCUGGGGAGCCCUUGGGCUCCCCAGAACUGGCUGGGCCCCUGGGGACAGAGCCACCCCAAGAGCUCGGGGUCCACCAGUGUGGUGGGGAGAUUCUGGGAUUGCCCGGUCCUGGGUUGUUGCCAGGAGAAAGCCGGGGGAGGGGCCCUCAGGCCAUGCCCCAACGGGGUAGGGAGGGUGACCCACAGCUCUGGGCCUCUUUUUGUCCUUUAGGGCUGUUGCUAGGGAGAGGGAAAAGGGAGACCAAAUGUGGGGGUGGGAGUGGGAGGGUGUCAGGUAUAGGCAACUGACUUCAUUUGUGCCACACGCAUGGGCAUUGCAGCCUUGUGCUCCCCCAGGCCUGUAGCUGCCUGGGGCCCAAGUUGCAGUGAGCAAGGUGGGGUCUGGGAGGGGGUGAGAGGCAGGAAGGGGGUCAGAAGAAGUGGGAGCAGCUCUUGGGCUGAGUGCAGCGAUUGGGGAGCCAGAAAUGGGCAGCUCUCCCAGGGAGUGAGCAGCUACUGUAACUUUUUUAAAUUAAGACAAAAAGCCUUGAAGAAAAUGACUUUAUUUUUCUAAGUGUAACCUCAGUAUUUAUGUAAUUUGUACAGGGGCCAUGCCCCACCCCCCUCUGCCCCCUUUGGGGUAGACCUUGAGGGUGGACCAGUAUAAGGGGGAGGGUCUUUUACCCUGUGUCAGAGCCUACCUUCACCACCUAUAUCCAGAAAGGGAGCUUUUUCAGAAACAGGGCAACAGUCGGGGUGGAGUUUUAUUAACCUGUGACUGCCUUCAGUAGGAACAAGCUUACUUCUGUGAUUAGGUGAAGGGGUGGGGGAAGAUUUUACGCACAGCCUAGUUAUCAAGGGGAUGAUUUGCCGACAUAUUUGAGAACCCCCUAACCUCUAUCCCCCAUUGCUGUCUUGCCCCAGUUUGGGGUGCCAAGAUGGAAGUCACUUUUCUGGCUUUCUCCUGGAGAUAGCUGGGGCUUAUGGGUGGCUUUCAAGGCUGGGGCAUGGCAAAUCAGGGGCCAGAGAGUGGGGGAGCUUGGGACUCAGGUCUGUAACUGCCCAGCCCCUUUUCUCUGCUCUUGUUUCACUCCACCACUACUCACUCACUCCCCACUUCCCAUCCUUGGGAGGAGAUGUUGAUGAAUUCCUCCUCUCCUUCCCACAAGAGACAGACCCAGUGAGUGAAUCAGGCAAAGUGCUUAUAAUGUGUGUUGUGUGAGCGUGGCCUUGGAAGAACAUGCGUGUGUCAGGGAUGAGGUGGCAUUUUUAUGUGCAGCGAUCCUUGGUGUUUCCCUUCCUCGGUGGCUCUGGGGUGUGUGUGUGUUUGUGUGUGUGUGUGUUUGUGUGUGUGUGUGUGCACCCGAGUGAAUGUGUGUGUGUGAAUGUGGGUGUGUAUGUCAGUGGUUUCUACUUGUCCUGGGAUGCUGACCCAGGAAUAGUGGACAUGGUCACAGUCCUAUGUACAGAGCUUUCUUUUGUAUUAAAAAAAAUACUCUUUCAAUAAAUGUAUCAUUUUUGUGCACAGAC